AUUUAGAGGCCUAUUCCCUUUCUUGCUGUUCAUAAACAUCGAUUUCUUAACAUGUAUGUUCACCCAACGACAACGCAAACAUCAUCUAUGUUUAAAGCUAUUCCGGUUCGCGUAUGUCCAAACGCUUGACCUUGGCUCGAUCUCAACAGCAGUAAAUGUUUUUAGGAUAGGUAGUUAGUAACGCACAUGUUAUUUGUUUGUAAACACGCAGUGGUUGUGACGCUGUGAAUUAAUUUGUGUUUAUUUGGAGAAAACUAAAAUAAUGAAUGAAUCACGAAAAAAAAGAACACCUCGUACAUCAAGGAUUCAAUACCAGUUGUACCUUGAUGAAUUGGAGACAAACGAGGCGUUUAGGGAAAAUAAAUUUAAUAAUGAAAAUCCCCAGGUUCUCAAAAAGAGUUGGGAAGCCCUAUGCACCAAAUUAAAUGCUACCGGAGGAGCCAUUAAAUCUAUACCGGAUUGGAAAAGAACUUUUAGUGACUGGAAGGCCCAUGUCAGAAAGAGGGCACGAAACAAUAGAACUGCUCAGGUAGAGACAGGAAAUGUAGGCGAGCCUGAAAAGACCCUGACAGAUAUCGAAGAAAGGCUUUUGGGUGUAACAGGAAAAUUGGUAGUUAUGGGUUUGCCUGUCCCUGAGCUAGGACUUGCUGAACCUUCAAUACCAAGGCAAGCAGAGAGCUCAGAGGGUAAAAGGGCCUCUACAACAACUUUUGAAGGAAUUGUCCAGGAAUUAACAUCAAGGCAGGCAGGUGGCUCUGGGGGUGAAAGGGCACCUUCCACAACCCCUAGGCUUCAGGGAGGCAAAAGACUGAGAUGCAGAGGGAUUACCCAAACAAAUGUCAACAGUGAAAGUGUCGAUGUUCUCAAAAGCAUAGACAACACAUUAAAGGCUAUGUUGGAAAUAAAAAAGAAAAAAUUUGAACUUAUGUAUGGGGAAAAUUUAGAAAAAUAGUUUUGUUUUGAGUUGGACAUAGACUAGCAAACAUAUGUGUCAUUUAUGUAUGAUGUACAUGAUUGCUAGUUUAUUGCCGCCUUAGAUUUACCUAUUUUUUUCUGGUCAUGUUUUUUAAAACUAAUUUUUAAAGUUAUUUUUUGUGUUUUUUAUGUUAACUUUUAGGUAAAACAUGAGUCCUGUUGUGUGAAGUAGUGACCACUUUUUUGCUUAGCAUGACAAAG